AUGGAGAAUGAAUUGAAUAUUUCACCCAAUUCAGUCCAACUAGCACUCUUGUGCCUCAUCGAUCUGCCUUCUCACUCCAGGAGAGCCAUUUCCCCAUUCAAAAAUAACUGUACACGUGCGUAUGGAUCAUCCAUCAGAAUCAAUCAGUCUUUCAUAGUACUCAUCAAGCAAGCUAUAGAAGUACGUGUAAGGAAAGAGAAAGAAGUGAGUUGGCUAUCGAAUCAGCAAGGGUUUUUGAAUAGUCAAGGGUACUCGAUAAAGGAUGGCUGGCAUUCAUCAGUACGUGGAUCCGCCGUAGGGGUUGGUUCAGCCACCCGACGACUGGCACUUGCCAUUGGAAAACCGCUUAAUCGUGCUUUCUAUUCCUAUGAAUAA